AUGUGGAGGAAGUCGUCUAUGAUCUAGAUCUAGUUUUUUUAGAUUCUAAAUUGAAAAUGAAAACAUCAAAUUAUAUUGCUUCUUCAAGUAAAAGUAGUGACAGUGAUUGCAUUAAUAAUGUUCAAGCUCAGCCAUAUAAGACAAAGAAGCAACUGAAGACUGCUGAUCAGAAAAAUGACAACCAAUCUCCCUCAACAAGCCCUUGUAAAGUGAAUAGACAGAAAGUAUAUGAUAAGCAUAAUUCAAGCAUCCAUGCUGGACGUGAUGUUGGAUCAUUUAAACAUAGAAAAGUGUCUAAGAAAGUGUAUUCUAAGUGGCAGAAGAUUCCUCAACCUUUACAAACAGAACUUAUGACAAUGUUGAAUGAUUCAAUGGAUCAUUUUCUAUUAGGAUUUCAAAAUCAAGAGCAGGACAUUACAUUUUCUGUUAUAAAAUCUCGGAUCCAGCAAAAACUAAAGAAAACCAAGAUCCCUAAAGAGAAGGUGAUUGAUGCAAGUUUGUUGAGAACAACACAGGAAGUCCUUGCGUCAGAAGUAAACAGAUUAGAGGAACUAGAGGAAAAGUUUGCAUCAACUUUGGAGAAAGAGACUAGAGAAGUUGAAUGCUUGCAAGCUGAGGUGGAUAAAUUAAAACAAAUUGCUUUAGAUGAAUGUAAUGGAGAGCUCCACAGUUUGCUACGAAAUAUCUCCAAAAAUAAAUUAUAGAUAAGUUAGUAGGUUUCUCUGAAGUUUGGCCAGAAUGUAUCAAAAUAAAAAAGGCGUGUUAACAAAAAAAUUGCAAUAAAAACACAUCAAAAAGCAACUGAUUUUAUGCCUCUAUCAGGUAGCACUAAAAUACAGUUUUUAAAGCUAGAAGAAUGUGUUUUUUUGUAGUGCUUCUUUCCUGAGCUUGUUGCCAGCAAUUGAAGGUGUAGUGAGUUUGUUAUUUUUCCUUAUGGAAUGUGACAUGUUCAAUAAGUGACAUUAUAAUUUGUAAACGUGACAUUUUUUUAAUUAAAUAAGUGCCACAAAAACUGUUGGUCCACUAACUUCAUGUGUAACAUCUUAAAUACAUUUAAUAAACAUUAAGAUUGUCAUAUGUGCAAAUACAUUUUUAUACAUAUUUAUUUAUUGUGUCAGUAAUAGUAUAAUAAAAAUAGAGGUCUACAUGAA